AGUCAGUGGUACACAUUUGUUUUGUAGAAAAAAAAAAAAAAAAAAAAAAAAAAAGAAAAAGAAAAGUGUCGCGAAAGAUGCACAGCACCGAGCAGUACAGGAGCGACGCCCUUGGGCCCAUGCAGGCCAUGAUGCCCGAGAUGCGAGACAUGUACCGCAUGAGCAUGGCCAGCGCAGCCCCGAGCAUGCCACCCGGCUACCAACAGGCCGGUGCCACCACUUACCAGCAGCACCACCAGCCACAGCCCUCGGCGGCCGCGACCGCCGCGGCGGCAGCUGUCACCCUACUCCAGCACCAUCACCAACAGCAACAACAACAACAACAAAAACAAUCGUCCGUGGGUGGUGGUGGUGGUGGUGGUGGUCCGGACCACAUAAAGCGGCCGAUGAACGCGUUCAUGGUAUGGUCGCGCAUCCAGCGGCGAAAGAUGUCCCAGGAGAACCCCAAGAUGCACAACAGCGAGAUAUCGAAGCGACUGGGCGCCGAGUGGAAGUUACUCACCGAGGACAAGAAGAAGCCCUUCAUCGACGAGGCCAAACGAUUGAGGUCGGAGCACAUGCGCGACCACCCGGACUACAAGUACCGGCCCCGGCGCAAGAAGAACCGCGUCCAGCAGCAGCAGCAGCAGCAACAACACCACCACCACCACCACCAGCCCCAGCAGCACCACUCGCCAGCUGGAGGCGUCAUCCUCGGGCACGGUGCGUCCCCCUACGACCGGCCCGUGCCCUUCGACUUCCUCUCGCCGUACUACGCGGCCACGGCCAGCCACCACCACCACCACCAGUACUUCACCCCGGGGGCGAGCGCCCUCGACAGCAUCGGCCUCGGCAAACUCGUGGCCAACCAAGCCGAGCGCCUCGGGGGACAGGGUGGGACGGGUGGUGGCGCGGGCGGUGGUACCGGCAGCGAUCUGGCCAACAACAACGCGGUAGCCGCAGCCGCCAUGGUCAACAGCUUCUACUCGAGCCUGUACUCGAGUCCUACGGCCGGUCACACGCUCCCGCCCUUCACCGGCCCGGGCUCGGCUUCGCUAUUCUCCAGCCCGACCCACCACCCGAACUUCAUGUUCCCGGGAUCCCAGGUACGGUUGAGCAGCAGCAGGAGCCCCUCGGUACACAGUCCGGGAUCCAUCACCACGACCGCGUCCUCGUCCUCGCCCAGUGUGUCGAGCCUCGAGCCGGAGCCAAGACGCGUGCCCUACAUGAUGUAGUGGCUCGUCGCUCGCGCCUAAAGACGCCGCGGGACCUUUCGUCUGUGUAUUUUUUUUGUUUUUUCUUUUUUUUUUUGUUUUCCCCCGUUUUGGUGACAAAGUUAGGGGUCGGGGGGUGGUUUUUGUGCUCUGGCUGUGAUCGAUCUUUUUAGCGCUUCUCGGUUGCUUCGGCACUGACUAUACAUGUAUAAUACGUUUACCGAGGCGGCGCCUUUAAGUUGAACUUGUUGUUCAUCCCCCUACCGAUUCAUCGUUUUUUUUUUUUCGCCCUCGUGUGCCAAACGAGGACGUUUUGUGGGACUG